AUGAAGGACAACUAUGACCAUGAACCGGGCCCUUCCCUAGCGGUCCUCAUCGUCGGCGCAGGGAUUGGCGGGCUUUCUGCGGCUAUCGCCCUACGCCGAAGAGGUCAUUGUGUUCUCGUUCUUGACCGCGCCGACCUCUCUUCAACCGGCAUGGUGGGAGCUGCCAUCCACCUCUGUCCCAAUAUCACCGGCAUUCUACCUCAUUGGGGCGUGGAUAUGCAGAACCUCGGCGCCAGCCACGUGUCCCGCUACCUUGCUCGUUCCUAUGAUGGCCGCACGAUCCAGGACCUUAACUUAGCCGCGGAGCAUAGCGCUCGCUGGUCGAAUCCUUGGCUCAUGGUCCAUCGUGCUGCGCUGCAUAAAGAGUUGAGAAGAGUGGCUACCGCUGAGGAAGGGGAGGGUGUACCGGUCGUGUUGGAGGGGAAUCUGAAUGUGGUAGGGGUUGAUCCGCAAAAAGGGAUGGUGAUGUUGGAGGGUGGCGAGACGGUAUUGGCGGAUGUGAUCGUGGGGGCGGAUGGUAUUUACUCCAAAACCAGGGACGCCGUCAGUGCGCUCCCACUCUUCCGCAGCGGCAAAGCAGCUUUUCGGUUCAUGAUUCCUCGGCUCGCUGCGGUAUCUGACCCCGAGACAGCACCGCUGGCAAACCCAGACGACACCUUCAGUCUGUGGCUUGCGAAUGACCGGCGCGUUGUCAUGUACCCAUGCCACAACAACGAGUGGCUUAACUUUGUCUGUGUCCACCCAGACACCGAGUCACAUACGACCCUAUCUGACGAAUGGAACAAGGAGACAACACUCGAAAACGUCAUUCAAGUCUUCCAUACCUUUGAGCCGCGACUGCUGGCACUCUUUCGCAAGGUUGAUCCAGCCACCUUAAAAGUCUGGCAACUUCUCGACAUGGACGUCCUCCCUUCGUGGACCAUUGGCAAACUAGCUUUACUCGGCGAUGCCGCCCAUCCAUGUCUUCCCUACCAUGCUCAAGGGGGUGCUCAAGCAAUUGAAGACGCGGCUGCGCUGGCUGCUGUUCUCCCGCGGGAUGCCACCAAGUUAGAUGAGGUGUCAGAACGCCUCAAGCUGUACGAAAGCAUCCGUUUUGAACGGGCCCGCCGCAUCCAGCACUACUCACGACUUGCGGGCCAAGACCGUGGAGGGAAGAAGAAGGCGGAGAAGUUUGACGCUCUGCAAUUUAAAGAGUACAACUUCAACCACAACGAGAUGGGACAUGCGGCAGCGGCGUAUGCAGAAUGGUUAAAAGAGCGGCAAGAAAAGUGUGGCACUUCAAGCUGA